AUGGCACCAUCACGUAACAUCAUCGUAGCCACGGGUCUGGUUGUUUUCGCGUCUGCAGGCUUAGCUUUCCCAUUUUACAUGGCAUCCUCCAAAAAACCAGUGAUAGAUCCAACAAAACCGUUACCUCCUCAAGCCACUUUUAGAGGACCUUACAUAAACACAGGUUCACGCGAUGUUGGACCUGACCAUCGAACUUAUCCAAAGAAAUGA